UUUAUUUGAGUGUUUUCGGGAAUUAAAUUUUGAGAUUCGAUGUGUUCGGUGUCCAGUGUUUCGAAAAAUGGUGAGGAAUUGACUGCGCAGUGGAGAUGGCUAAGGAUUGGGAUCUGUGUGUUAUGGUGGUAGUGUUACUCGCUGUGGUCCAGAGAAGCUUGGAGAUCACGGAUGCUGGUAUCAUCCAGGUCUGGUCUGCGCCAGGCGGGGUGACCAGACUACCCUGCAACCUCGCAGCGCCAUCUAGAGACGUGGCCAUGAUGUUGUGGUUCAAAGAUAGUGAUCGGAUGCCUAUAUACACAGUGGACUUCAGGAACGGCCCACCAGUCCACUGGGCGGUCGCUGGCGAGUUCGGAGCACGGACCCACUUCGUUCUCAACGAGUCUGACACGUCAUCAGCUCAUCUGGCAGUGGAAAAGGUGGCUCACAGGGAUGAAGGCGUCUAUAGAUGUCGGAUAGACUAUGUGGACUCGCCGACUAGGAAUUAUAGGGUCAAUUUGACUGUUAUUGUUCCUCCUGAAUCUCCAAGAAUAUACGACUCCGAGGGUCGUGAGAUUCUUGGCACAGUGGCAGGAACGUUCAGGGAAGGACAGGAUCUACUCCUGUCUUGCCAAGCUUCUGGUGGUAAACCGCCACCAGACGUCUCCUGGUACAGAGGAGAAGAGCGCCUGGCCUACACGAAGGAAGGCUCAGUCUGCCAGCUGCUCCUGCCAGAGCUGACGAGGGAGAUGGCUGGCACGAGGUUCCAGUGUCGGGUGGAGCCUCCGCUGUUGAAAGCGGUGUAUAGAGAUGUUACGCUUAAGUUAUUUUUAAAGCCACAGUUCGUCAGGGUGACAGGCAAUGGCAUCAGCAGAGCUGGACAUGAUCGAGCGUUCGUUUGUACCACGCGAGGGUCGAAGCCAGCUCCCAAUAUUGACUGGUUCAUCAAUUCACAGAAGAUUGACUCCACGUUAACAGAGGUGGAUGUUGACGGCGAGGUGACAAGAAGUGUCCUAACCUGGAGGAUAAGAAGGGAAGACAGCGGAAGACAGCUGGUCUGCCGAGUAUCCAACCCUUGGUUCCCGGCGUACACGCUGGAAGACUCGGUGGUGUUGGAUGUCAUGUAUCCACCCGUGGCUCAGAUAUCAUUGCUGGAGCCGAGAGAAGCUCGUCUGCUGCGUGAGGACGAGAAUGCCGAGCUCCUGUGUUCUGCUGACGCUUCACCAGCACCAGACAACUUCACCUUCUAUAAAGAGGACCACAUAAUCCGUGAUGAUCCUAUCGGUGGGAUAGCAGUGGAAGGCAACAAGCUGAUUCUCCGAGGUUUGAGGAGGCAUCACUCUGCCCGCUAUCGGUGUAGGGCGCGAAACUCGGAGGGAAGCGCUUUGAGUGAGCCGCUCACGCUGAAUGUUCUAUCCAGGCCAGAAUGUUCAGCCGGCAGCGUGGUGCAGCAGCUAGCCGGAGCCCCGGGAGGCGAAGUCAGGGCUCGGUGUUCGGUCACAGCGCCGUCCAUACACGACGCGGGGCCGCUGAGGUUCUACUGGACCUAUAACGGGACUAAGGAUGUUUUACCAAUACCACCAUCAAACGUGACAGUCAUGGGCGCCAGCAGCACCGUGGUCCACGGUCUACCGGCAGACACCGGCGAGGACCUCGGCUGGUUGGCCUGCUGGGCCAGCAAUGAUGUGGGGAAUCAGCGGGAGCCGUGCUUAUUCAGGAUAAUGCCUGCUGCACUCCCAGAACCCCCAGUGAACUGCGAACUAGACAACUCCCUUCUUCGCUGCGAGCCGGGCCACGAUGGCGGUCUGCCCCAGCGGUUCCUACUCGAGGUCCUCGAGGUACGGCCCUCGGAGCCAAUCACCAAUGAGAUAGCUACGAUGAACGAUCAGGGCAUAUCCGGUCGAGGACUCACAGAAGCAGUCUACCGAGCCAGCAACGACGCUCCGCAGUUUGUUCUCGAUGCUUUGUCCCCUGGACGCUACACAUUCCUGGUCUACUCGGAGACACCCCGAGGACGGUCUCCCAGGCCUGCAGCGUUGCACAGCGUUGCAAUCAAUCCGUCGGAUGACUUGGAUAGGCCUGGUUCUCUUCAAACUAUGACACCAGCACCCCCACCAAUGACAGCUGCCGACAACAGCGUCGCUUUACUGGUCGGCGCAGCACUGACUCUGAUCUUACUGACCAUCCUGACUACCUUAUGCGUUGCGCUGGUCGUCAUGUGCAAAAAGAAGACAAGGCCUUCGAGGGAUCCUGAGCAGAGUACAAUCCUGAGACGAAGCGUCGGAGUAUCAAUGUACGGAGGAUCCUCGAUAUCUCCCAGCGUGGUGCCAACCGUCGUUGUGAGAGGGCAUCGAGGGUCGCGCGUGCUGGCUGCUAGAUGGUCGGGCGUUUUAGAUGACGCGCCCUUAGCUGUGCUGGCUUUGGAUACCAGAGCACAUGAUGAUGUAGACAGUCAGAGCGAAGAACAUCAGGAGACUGAAUUCACAAAGAGUAUGGACGAUAUGGAAACUCAAACAGAUUCGUAAUCU